AUGCCAUCUGAGGUUGAAAGAGUGGUAGAAACAAAUGUGGAUGACACUGACCUUACUGAAAUUCCAAAAGAUGAUACUAAAAAGGAAGCUGAGUUUACCCAAAAAGUUGUUCCCAUGGCUAGACCUCCACCUCCAUUCCCAAAAAGAUUGGUGAAAAAGACUGAAGAGGGUAAAUGCCGUUGGUUCAUAGUUAUGUUAAAGCAAUUGUCCAUAAAUGUCUCGUUUAUAGAAGCUUUGAAGCAAAUGCCUGGGUAUGAGAAAGAGGAUCCUGGUGCUUUCACUAUUCAUUGCACCAUUAGGAUCUUACGAUUUGCGAAGGCUUGGUGCGACUUGGGUGCCAACAUUAAUUUGAUGCCAUUAUCCAUCUAUAAGAAAUUGGGUUUAGGAGCUCCAAAACCGACUGCGAUGUGUCUACUUAUGGUCGAUAGAAUUGUGAGGAGGCCCAUUGGAGUGCUCCAAGAUGUCCUUGUGAAAGUGGAGUCGUUAUUCAUUCCGACAGAUUUUGUGAUACUUGAUUGUGAGGUUGAUUUUGAGGUUCCCAUAAUCUUAGGGAGACCAUUCGUUACUACUGGUCGCUCCUUAGUCGAUAUGGAGAGAGGGCAAAUGAAGUUCCAUCUGAAUAAUGAGGAGCUUAGUUUUAACAUCUGUUGGUCUAUGAAGUAUGAAAGUUAUCCUAAAUCAGUAUCUGUGAUGAAUCAUACUGUGGUACAAGGUUUAUAA